AAACCCUACUGGAAGUGGAGAGCUCACACUCCUGCACCAGAAUCACUUCCUCCAAGCUCAAAUUGAAAUCAAAAUCCCAAAUGGCCAAUUUCCUGAUAAACAGAACCCUAAAAUCAAUCCCAAACCCCAACCUAAUCACCACCGCCCUAUCCUCUCGUUCCCGCCAAUUCACCUCCGCCGUCGCCACUGCCGCCGAGCAACCCCAAUCCGACGGCGGCGAGUCUUCGUCCUCCUCCUCCUUCACCUUCUCAUCCGACGGCCAAGACAGCAUACACAUCAAGCCCUCUUCUUCCGUUUCAAAGCGCGAAACGGCGUCGUCUUCGGUGACGAUGCCGAUGUCGUUCAUGACGGGGUCGGUGGUGGGGAAGAGGUUCUACAACCAAGUGACGACGAGGAAGGCCGACGACGGGAAUGGAUGGUCGGUGAUGCUUGAUUAUCGGACGCUCAAGACUCCAUCAAAGAGACCCUUAAAGCUUCCGACUUUGGGUUUAGCUAAGGCCAUUGCUGCUGAGUGGGAAUACCAGGAAAUAGAUGGGAUUAGGCCCUUCACGAUGCCUCUCAUGAAGCUUGCUUGUACUGCACUUGAAAGAGUUCCUAUCACACGGCAUAAGGUUAUAGAAUACUUGAUAAAUAGAUUCAAUCAAGAUUUAGUCUUUUGUCGCGCCCCGGAUGACAAUGAGCUGACAAGCGGCAUCCAUGAACGGCAAGUGGAAAAGAUUGAUCCAUUACUUGAUUGGCUGGAGUCCGAAUUUGGCUUUAAGCCUGUUGUUUACUCCAGCUUUUUUGGUGGAAAGCAGGAGGAUGGACUUCUAAAAGCUGUAGAAACCCUACUGAAGAAAACAGAUGAGUGUGAAUUGGCAGCAAUUGAUGCUAUUGCAGGAGCAGCACACUCCCUAACAAUUGCUCUUGGAUUGUUUCGUGGGAAACUGCAGAUUGAAGAAGCAAUAGAUCUAAUUAGACUUGAAGAAGAUUUUCAGGUAGACAAGUGGGGUCUGGUUGAAGGUGGUCAUGAUGUAGAUAUUGCUGAUCUCAAAGUACAGAUCGCAUCAGCUGCUGUAUUCCUAGGUCUUUCAAGGAGGAUUUAAUCUUUGUACAUCUUUUCUCCAGUUCUGUUCUUACUCUUAAAUCUUCCCAAGAGCUAACCUCUUAAGAAGGGUUUUUUGCAAUGUUUACGAUGUUAUACAUCUGUAGAAAGUUACAACACCAAGAUGCCCAAUAUUUUGUGAGAUCCUGUUAUUUAUGAGAUCAGAUUAAAUCAGUGAUGUAAUAAUCAAGUCUGUUAUAUCAGUGCAAUAAAAAAUUUCUUUUGCUUAUACAA